UACUUCGCUACAUCCCAUCGCUGGAUACUGUCAGGUGUUCUCGGACAUGACUGUUCCUGUUAGUCUCCAUCUGAUCACGUGGCUGAGAGCUUCUGCUCCCGGAGCGCGCAGAGAAACGAGCGUCGGCUCCUGGUUUCUGUGCGGGAGGAAGAAGCCGCACCGCGGGCAGCAACCUGAGGCGUGUCCCGGUUGGCUCCACGCGGUCACCUGACCGGAUGACAUCACGAAGGUGUGAAGGCAGCAGCGGGGACAGAGACGAGGAGCCACACCCGCGGACGCUGUGCCGGCAGUCAUGACUCGGAGCUCGCGGUGGUUUCAGCUCUUCCUCGUCCUCCUGUGCUGCGCGCAGACUUCCCUGUCUCAGGACGGGAGGGGCUUCCCUUCCACAGAGACCAGCGAUGGGGUGAAGGUCAGCCCUCGAGGCCGAGAGGUCCUGAGCAGCCGCCUCACAACCGUCUUCCUCCCGAUCAUCUACAUCAUCGUGUUUGCGGUGGGGCUCCCCGCCAACGCCAUCGCCAUCUGGGUCUUCCUGUUCCGGACCAAGAAGAAGCACCCGUCGUCCAUCUACAUGGCCAACCUGGCUCUGGCCGACCUGCUCUUCGUCAUCUGGGUCCCUUUAAAGAUCGCGUACCACUUCAACGGGAACGACUGGGUCUACGGGGAGGGGCUGUGCAAAGUGCUGGUGGCGUUUUUCUACGGCAACAUGUACUGCUCCAUCUCCUUCAUCACCUGCAUCAGCGUUCAGCGCUACUGGGCCGUGGUGCACCCGCUCGCCCAGCAGCAGAGAGACGGCUGCGUGGCCGUCGCCGUCUCCGUCGCGGUCUGGGUGGCGGUCUGGCUCAUCACGAUCCCCCUCUACCUGUACGAUCAAGAGGUCUACGAGUCGGACCUCAAGAUCCGCACCUGCCACGACAUCACCAAGCCCAGCCAGACGAAGAUCGCCGCAGGCUACUUCCUGACAAUGGGGAUUCUGGGAUUUGUCGUCCCCACCGUCGUGUGCAUCGUGUCCUACGUCCUCAUGCUGAAGGCCCUCAGGAACAGCAUGGCGGAUCCGGCCAUCGCCGAGAAGCGGCGGAAGGCUGUGGUCUUGAUCGUCACCGUCCUGGUGAUGUUUUUAGUGUGCUUCACCCCCAGUAAUGUCAUGCUGCUCGUGCACUACAUCCUCCUUCUGGGCGGCGCCGACAACAGCUUGUACGGAUUUUACAUCACCACCUUGUGCUUGGCCAGCCUCAACAGCUGCAUCGACCCGUUCGUCUACUACUUCAUCUCCGAGGACUUCAGGGAGCACGUGAAGAACACGUUCCUCUGCAGGAGCGAAAGGACGGCGAAGAGGAUGAGGAUCUCCUUCAGCGCUCUCAAGUACUCCAAGAAGAGCAACACGUACACGUCCGAGUCGGGGAACACCCAGAGCACCGAGUGCUAGAGCGCCGAGCGCCGAGCGCCGCAGCUCUUUAAGCUGAAACUCCCCCUCGGAAUGGUCUGUGAAGACCUGCAGAAGCUCUGAGCCUUCGUCAGUUACUGUUUUUGUAAAUGAGAAGUUGUUUUAAUCUGAUGAUGCCACUUUAAUGCACUUUGCUCUAACUGAUUUCACUCCUUUUAUUCAGGUGAACUCUCUCUCACUGUUUUAACGUGCCGGACGACGUUGAUGAUCAUUAAUUUAAAUGAUUUUACACACUUUACAUGUAUGUUUGUGUCUUUUUGUAUGUGUUUGAAGUAGUGAGUUGUACUUUCAUCGCUGUACAUACAUUUUAAAGUCGGUCAAUAAAAAUGAAAGUAUUUUC